AUGACAGUAAAAGAAUCGCAAAUCUUUUUUCAAUGGUUAUUCUUUAUUCUUAUUUCUAUAUUUAUUCUUAUUAUUAUCGUUGGUUUUUUCUGUUGGUAUGCUGCUCGUCGACGACAACACAUUCAACAUUCAAAUCAAAGAAACCUAGACAAAGUAACUGUUAAUAAGAAGCCAAUACAACAAACAUUGUUUUCAAAAAAUGAAUAUCUACCAUCUUCAAAUUAUAAUUUAAAAAUAAAAUCUCGAUCAGCAAGUUCAUCACAAUUAACUAAUACUGAUAUUGCUCAUCUUGAUAAACUCAUACGUACUGCAAGUGAUCGAUCAAUAUGGAAACAAAAUUAUUCCAAAAUAAAUCAGUAUAAUAAACCACGUAAAGUGCCUUCAGGACAUAUUCAACACAAAAUAUAA